AGGAGGAGCGGGAGCGGGAGCAAGCCCCACUUCCGGGUAGUGAAGCCGCACGCCGCCGGCGUCCUGCGUUUUCUCCCCCCUCCUGCUGUACCGCUCGCCUCUCCCUCCCUUCCCUUUAUUCCCGGCCCCACCUGCCGAAAUGAACAGCUCGGAUGAGGAGCAGCAGCUUCAGCUCAUCACCAGUCUGAAGGAGCAAGCUAUAGGCGAAUAUGAAGACCUUAGAGCAGAAAACCAGAAAACAAAGGAGAAGUGUGACAAAAUUAGGCAAGAAAGAGAUGAAGCUGUUAAAAAACUGGAGGAGCUUCAGAAAAUUUCUCACAUGGUUAUAGAGGAAGUUAAUUUUAUGCAGAACCAUCUUGAAAUAGAGAAGACUUGCCGAGAAAGUGCUGAAGCUUUGGCAACAAAGCUAAACAAGGAAAAUAAAACAUUGAAAAGAAUCAGCAUGUUAUACAUGGCCAAGCUCGGACCAGAUGUCAUAACUGAAGAGAUCAACAUUGACGAUGAAGACUCGGCGGCAGACCCGGAGGGUGUUAGCAAGACAUGUGCUUCAGUCCAGUGUCAAAAGCAAAUCAAAGAACUUCAAGAUCAGAUUGUAUCCGUUCAGGAGGAAAAGAAGAUGUUAGCAAUUGAACUUGAAAAUCUCAAGAGCAAACUUGUAAAAGCACUUGAAGAAGUAAAUAAAGUUAAACAAGAAAAGGAUGCUUUAUAUUCAGAAGUUCUUGAACAAAGGAAAGUCUUAGAAAAAUGCAAUAGAGUGUCCAAGCUGGCAGUAGAAGAGUAUGAGGAAAUGCAGGUGAAUUUGAACUUGGAGAAGGACCUUCGAAAGAAAGCAGAGUCAUUUGCACAAGAGAUGUUCAUUGAACAAAACAAGCUAAAAAGACAAAGCCAUCUUCUGCUACAGAGCUCUGCUCCUGACCAGCAGCUUUUGAAAGCUUUAGAUGAAAAUGCAAAACUCAUCCAGCUCCUUGAAGAGGAGAAAAUUCAGCAUCAACAAAAGGUCAAAGAACUAAAAGAGCAACUAGAAAAUGAAACACUCCACAAAGAGAUACACAACCUAAAACAGCAGCUGGAGCUUCUAGAAGAAGAUAAAAAAGAAUUGGAAUUGAAAUACCAGAAUUCUGAGGAGAAAGCGAGAAAUUUAAAGCAUUCCGUUGAUGAACUCCAGAAACGGGUGAACCAGUCUGAGAAUUCAGUACCUCCACCACCUCCUCCUCCCCCACCUCUUCCCCCACCUCCUCCCAACCCCAUCAGAUCCCUCAUGUCCAUGAUCCGGAAGCGAUCCCACCCCAGCGGCAGUGGUGCUAAGAAAGAAAAGGCAGCUCAACUGGAAACAACUGAAGAAGUCACAGAUCUGAAGAGGCAAGCAGUUGAAGAGAUGAUGGAUAGAAUUAAAAAGGGUGUUCAUCUUAGACCAGUUAAUCAGACAGCUAGAUCGAAGGCCAAGCCAGAAUCUUCAGAAGGCUCUGAAAGUGCAGUGAAUGAACUAAAAGGAAUACUGGGGACACUUAACAAAUCCACUAGGUCAAGAAGCUUAAAAUCCCUUGACACUGAAAACAGUGAAACUGAGUUAGAAAAGAUUUUGCGUCGCAGAAAGGUGACAACAGAAGCAGAUAGAAGUAGUCCAUCCGGGAUAUUAGCCACCUCAGAGUCCAAAUCCAUGCCAGUGUUGGGUUCUGUAUCCAGUGUAACAAAAACAGCCUUGAACAAGAAAACUCUGGAGGCAGAAUUCAACAACCCCCCAACACCUGAGCCAGGUGAAGGGCCGUGUAAAUUGGAAGGAUACACAAGUUCCAAGGUUACACUUCAGCCUCUCAGUAACACUGGAUGUGCGAGACAAUACACUGGCAGUGAAAAACAAGCUGAACCAGUUGUAGUUUUAAAUCCUGUUUCCACAAAUGAAUCCCAAACCAAAGACCAGGUUGCUGAAAAAGAUCCAACUCAACACACGGACAAGGAAGGCGAAAUUACACCAGAAUACAAAGAUGACAGCAUUGAGAAAAUAAGAGACACAGACAGCUCCAACUGCUGACCCGAAAACCGGAAGGCGACGCGUCUAGAAGUCCUUUUCAAUAAGCACAUGAUUAGUCCUGGUGUACCGGCAAGGGCCGUAGGCACUCUCUUCUUGUCACUGUAUUCAGAAUCCAAUUCUUUUCUGAUUUCACUUUUGUAAGUAGUGCACCUAUAAAUAUAAGUCAGCCGUUUAGCAAAAUACACACUGUAGGUUUUUUUUUUUUAUUUAUAGGGAUAAGAUUUUCUUCAAAUCGCUGUAUUCGAUGUGACUUCUUUCAGAAGAUUACAAAGUCCAGAUGUUGAUAAUCUUUUAGGGUAACAUGCAUACCACUGAGCAAAUGUAAGGCCGAACAAUGGCAGCACUUGUGGACGAUUGGAUUAACAGAACUGACCCGCCUGAGGUGAUCCCAAGAGCCCCAAAACAAACUUCUGUAGUGGGGCUGAUCUGAGUAGCAUGGAAAUUGUUAGGCACUGUGGCACAUGAAUUACUUUCUAGGAUAUACCGAGAUGAGCUUACAACUCCAGAGCUGGCAUCGCAUCAGUCAUCCCAUAGUCAGAGUUAAUUACACAUAUCAGUAACUUCAGGUUGAGAAAGACACGUGACUGGUUGUGUCCAGAGCCUCCCAAGGGCUUUGGUAGGAAGGUUCUUGUGGCCUGACUGCAGAAUGGAGGUGAAAGUCCAAACCUAGAAUUUAAUAGAGUAUUUAUCUUGGUAAACCAUGUGCUCUGUGCUACGAGUUCAUUGUGUUUUCUCACAUACCAACGUGACACAAGUGCCAUCGUUCCUCAUGGUUUUUAGGUACAGUGAAGAUAAGCAGCAGGCACAGAUCCCUUUCCUCACCGCUGUUCUACAUUACGCAAGUCUGUUGUUGCUUUUUUUAUUUUAAAGAAAUUAAGUGGUAGUUAGUCUCUAAAAAUAUGUUUCAGUCUACCACAGUGAAUAAAUAGAAGUGUAAUCAGGGAUUUAAGAAAAAACUUACGCAGCUUUUCAAAGUUGAUUGUUUCAAAAUUGGUGUUUAUUUAAAAUAAGUGGUAAUGUACUUGAAUGCAUUUUUUUUCUUAUGACAAUGAUUCCGUAAUGGUAAUUUUACUAUUAAGGAAAGUGAAAGGUUUAGUUUUGUUAGCGUGGCUCAGCAUGUAGCUGUCAGGUGUUUCUCACCUAAGGGCAAAAGAAAAUGAUAGUAAUAAUUGCAGUAGUUGUAAUUUAUUUUUGCACGUGUGCUAACCAUAGGCUUGAAGAAGUGGGUGGGCAGGUAAAUGGACUUCCUAAUUUGGAGAUGAUUAGCUUUCUGUAGGUUCAUUAUGCUUGAUUGUUUCCAUGUUCUUCCAGUGAUGAUUUUACAGUUACGUACUUAUCAUUUUACAGGUGGGGAAUUAAAAUGUAAUGUUUUUCAACUGUAAUUUUCCUUAACUGAGUAAUACUGCUCUAUGAUAUACUAACUACAGACUGCAUUAAUCUCCUUAAGUGACUUCUGUUUUGCUGUGAUUUGAACUCCUCACCAUGCUUAUUAAAAAGCACCAACAGUUUCCCAUUAAAGGUCAGUUGUGGUUAUUGACAUUUUUGUUUCAUUUCCCCAACUUGACAUUCUUUAAUAAUGUAUGAGUUUAUAACUUCAGUAAUUUUUAAUAACCCACAAAAUGAUUUAUUUUGAGGAAUUUUAUUCCAUGUUUCUUCAUGCUCUCCUCUUUCCUGUGUCUGUCAUUCGUCUGCUGGCAUGAGUCAUACACACAUUUAGGAAUGUAAAGAUACGUACACUUUUCCAUAUUUCAUUACACACAUCAACAGAAAAUUGCAGUCAUAAAAACACCCACAUUUCCUAGGUAAGAAGUUAGCCAUUUAGUGAGAUGUGUUAGCUGGACCAAGCAACAAUCAGGAACUGGUACUUUGAAAGUGUUCUUGUCUUUUCUAAGCUGCUUCCUUUCCUUCACCGUGAUCACAAAGCAUUUAAAAUUAAUCUGAUAUAAAGGUCUUGCUCACCUUUUCCUGCCUAUGGUUUUUGCCUUUCCACAUUAGUUUGGAGGAGGUUUUGCCCCUGUAGGAGUGCCACUGUCAACAAGCAAUUAAUCCGGGAUGGGUCCAUGGGAAGGUAUGAAAGACUGGUGUUGUCUUAAAGAUACAUUCUCAGCUAUUUGCACAAAAAAAUUGUAGACACCUGACUGAAACUGUUUUAAAGUUGGAAGGGACUGCCAUCCUUAUAUUACUGUUUUCUGUAAAAAAUUAUUUUUUCUUUCUUCUGUCUUGGAAAUAAGAAUUACAUCUCACCUGCAAAGUUUUGCAUCUCACCUGCAACAGUUUUGUACCUCAUGUUCAAACGUUUUUACUGCCAGAAUGAGGCAAAGGGAUAGAUGUACUUUGUGCUCUUGCUAGUAAAGAAAAAGAACUUAAUAAAAAUUCUAGCACCCUUUCGCAUCUGAGCCAGUCCAAACCCCUCAUCCAUAGGAGAUGAAGAGUCCUGUGGAAUUUUAACUGGCAGGGGCCAGGCAGGGCUAUAACCACCUAGCCUUGUUUGGCCUGAGUGAAAGGGAUGGAUGUUCUGUCUCUGGCUACUCACUAGUAAUUCCACCUUUCUUACCUUCUUUAUUAACUGUAAAAUGUUUGUUGGAAAUGGAGUAAUACUGGUAAAAAGUACUAAUAUCUUUCCAGGCCAUUUUUAAGUUGUAUAUCAGGCAAAUGAUAGUCCAUAUCACAGAAUCU